CGUGGGUGGGAGAAGUGCCAGAAGGGCAGGGCUUGAUAGAGCCCCACUUGAGACGGCGCAGUCGGGAGGUACCGGUCUGGGGAGGUCCGAUGAGUUCCGUGGCUUUCUGCAGGGUUUGCUGUCUUCUCACCUGAAGGCAAAACUCAGGAAAACAGCACGUGCCGGAUGAGUUCGAGCUUGACCGCGAGUCGAGUCAGUGACGCUGAGUUAGGAGCCUGGAUGGCAGCUGCGAAGUCCAGGGUCCCCGCGCCGUCUCUGCGUGAUGGACUUUUGAUAGUGAAAGUGGAGGGAGACUCAGCUGGAGGUCAGGAGUCGGACCUGCCCGGGGACUAUCAGGAUGCCGAAAAGUUGCGACAGCAUUUUAGGCGGUUCCGUUACCAGGAGGUGGCCGGACCCGAAGAGGCGCUAAGCCGGCUCAGGGACCUUUGUCGCCGAUGGCUGAGGCCUGAGAUGCAUACGAAGGAGCAGAUCCUGGAGCUGCUGGUGCUGGAGCAGUUCCUGAGCAUCUUGCCCCAGGAGCUCCAGGCCUGGGUGCGGAAGCACUGCCCGCAAAGCGGGGAGAAGGCUGCGGCCGCGGUGCGCGCUUUUCAGAGAACGCCUGGUGGGGCAUCACCCCAGGAGUUGGUGACGAUAAAGAAUGUGGCUGUGCCUCUAAACUGUGAGGAGUGGGAGCCUCUGGACCCAGCUCCCAGGGAGUUCUGCUGGGAGAGUGCACGGAAGGAUCAUAGGACCUCGGUCUCAUCGGUCUCACUGAGUUUGGAAACCAGAACUGAGAACAAAGACUUUAUUCCAAAACAAGAAAUUUUAGAAGAAAUAGAGCUGCAGGGGCAGCUACAAGAAAGGUCCCACAGGAAGGCUUCCCUGGGGUGUGGUGAUACUCGUGGGAAUGGAGUAGAAAAGCAGUCAGAAAAUCCCUCAUCGCUGAAACUGGAAAAUUCUCCUGAAGAGGAAGGACUCCCCAGCACUGCAGAUCUCAAGAAUGGUCCCACAAAGGAUGGAGACCUCAAGCAUGAUGAAUGUGGGAACAGGGCCAGAAGUUCAAACUGGGUUCUUUGUCAGCAUGUGCAGGCCGCGGGGAGGCCCGUUGAUGGCAGCGAACAGGGGGACAGUCGUACACAGAGUUCAGAGCUGGUAAAGCAUCACACGGUGAAACCCCCCGACUCUGUCGACAGCAAAGAACAGCUCCACAGCGCAGGCCUCUUUGAGACCCGGCAGCGGCUCCGGGAAGAAAGGCCUUAUAAAUGUGGGAACUGUGAGAAGAGUUUCAAACAGCGUUCUGACCUUUUUAAACACCAGAGAAUCCACACUGGGGAGAAACCCUACAAAUGCCAAGAGUGCGGGAAGAGCUUCAGCCAGAACGCUGCCCUGAUCAAACACCAGAGGACACACACGGGCGAAAAGCCAUACACCUGCCCCAAGUGUGGGGACAGCUUCCGGCAGAGCUCCCAUCUCAACCGGCACCAGAGGAUCCACGUAGGAGAGAAACACUUCAAAUGUCACGAAUGUGGGGAAACCUGCCGUAUUUCCAACCGUUUUAGACAUCAGAGAAUUCACAAAGGGGAGAGACCCUACACGUGUGAGGAGUGUGAGAAGAGCUUCAAACGGUGCUCGGACCUCUCUAAACACCAGAGGAUCCACACCGGGGAGAAGCCAUACGGGUGUUCUGUGUGUGGAAAACGCUUCAGUCAGAGCGCAACCCUCAUUACGCAUCAGAGGACUCACACUGGAGAAAAACCUUAUAAGUGUCUUGAAUGCGGGGAAAGCUUUAGACAGAGUCCACACCUUAUCCGACACCAAAGGAUCCAUAGAAAUAAAGUCCCAUUGGGGCGCCUGGGUGGCUUAGUCGGUUAAGCGUCCGACUUUCGCUUAGGUCAUGAUCUCGC